UUAACAUCUGAAGAAGCAAAGAAUCUAAAACGACGGCAAUGGCGGAGGAGAAGAGCCAAAUCCCUGAUAACAACAAUACCUCAUCGUCGGCGGCGAAGAAAACGACGCCGGAGAUCGGUUCGGGUUCUGGUAAAAGGAUGUCGUAUUAUAAUCCUCCGGAGUCGUUUAAUCCGGAUCAGGCGACGCUGAGGGAGCAGUGGAAGUUCGCGAUUAGGCAGUAUAGCAAAUGGUACUCUCACGCUUGGGGAACUGCGAUUCUCGCCGGAGGAGUCUUCUUCGGACUCGGUUGGAUCAUCAAGGGUUCUAAUCCUCUACCUUCUCUCCAAUCGAGUUCUAAGCAACCUCCUUCUCCAAGCAACGACGAGAAAUGAUUCUGUGUCUGCGUUUUCCUGGUCGUGGUAAGAAGGGCGAGACGCGAGAUGGGUCAUCAUCUACAAUGGCACGUCUUCAUGUACAUUACUAAGAACAUCGAUCGUUAGAAGGAGAGACCGAGAGAGCAGAAAGCAAGAGAUUGUAGAGUAAAAACAAAACAGAUAGAAAAACUUUAGUGUGAGCUUUGUUUGUCUGAUAAUUCCAAGAAUGUAUACAAAUUUGCAGGAAAUUAAUAAAAAUGUUGGUUUUGAAUGAU